GUAACGGGACGGGACGGAAGGGAGAGUGAUGGCGCCGAUGACGCUUCCCGCUGUGCGCGCGACGAGUCGCGUCCUCUCCGCUGUAGCUGUCGCCGGCAGCAAAGCGGGAAUCCGCGCGGCAGGAACUGCGACGUGGCGGAAAGCUCCAGCGCGAGGAGGAGGCGCACUAUCCCCCGUUGCUACGUCGUCGUUGUCGUCCCUGAGCAGCAGCAAGAGCCGCGAGAACGAGCUGCCACGUGGUGGGCCAUGGCCGAUCGGCGAUGGCAGGGGGGCGGGGGUUGCGCGAGCGCACAUGGUCGCGUCUUUUCGUCGCUCCCCAGGUGGCAACGGUAGAAAAAUCCGCGGGUCAUGUGGCUCGCCACGUGGCGAUGGCGGAAGGACACUCCGCGGCGCUUCUUUUGGCUCGCCACGUGGCGAUGGCGGGAGGACAGUCUGCCGCGCUUCUUCUGGAUCGCCGCGCGGCGAUGGUGGGAGGACACUAGGCCGCGCUUCUUGUCGCUCCCCGCGUGGCGAGCGCGGGUGCCGUAGCAGCAGCAAUGGGAGGCGCAGCAGCCGGAGGUGGAUGACACGUGGGCAGGCGAUCGACGACCUGCUCUUGCCACGUGUCGAGCGCAGGGAGAUCGGUACGGCUAACCCACGACCAGCUAGAGCGAGAAGCCCCUCGACGUCCUCGGUGGGGUUUUCUACCCCCCUUGAUUACCAAUCCAGAAUCAUGUCAAAAUCGGCCGCGCCGGCCAUGGCUCGAAUCCAUAGCAGCAGUCUCGCGGAGAAGCAGCAGCCCCAGCAGCGGAUGAACGGUCGCGAUCCGGACAGCGGGCAAUCAACGGCAGCUGUGCAACGCCGUGGUGAGAAGGGGAUCGGCGCGACCACUGGCCUGGACGAGGUGCGGGUUGCUGAUGACGUGGCAGCUCAACCGAUGACGUCAACGAAGCCGUCGCUCGACACGUGGCAGGUCAAGAUGUUGUAUGACGGUGAGUGCCGCCUGUGCAUGCGAGAGGUUAACAUGUUGCAGGAGCGUGAUGAGCAGUUUGGGAGGAUAGAGUUCGUAGAUAUAUCUCGAGAUGACUACAAGGCUGAAGAUCAUGGAGGGGUGGAUUUCGAGACGGCUAUGGGUCGCAUCCAUGUGGUCCUUCGGGACGGGACCGUUGUGAAGGAUGUCGAAGCAUUUCGAAGGCUUUAUGAUGCUGUGGGGCUCGGAUGGGUCUAUGCUCUAAGUCGGUAUGAACCGUUCGCUAGUCUGUUGGACGUGGCGUAUGGAAUCUGGGCCAGGUUCAGAUUGCCAAUCACAGGUCGCCCACCGCUUGAGCACUUGGUUCAGGAGCGGAGACGAAGGUUGCGGCGGAUGAAGGGAUCGGGAUCGGGGGAAGGAGAUGGUGGGGGGUGUGAUGUGGAUGGAGGACGAUGCAGAGAGGAUUGAUUGAUUGAUUGAAUGAUUCAUUGAUUGAUUGAAUGAUUCAUUGAUUGAUUGAAUGAUCGGAAAAAGGAGCCAACCAAUUACGGAUGGCCAUUGAUUUGCUUUCUUCUGCUGCGUCCUCCUUUCUUUUUUUUUUUUUUUGUGUGUGUUUGUAGUCCGAUGGAUUAUGGAUCGGAUAUUAGACUGAUUAGAACAGAUGCACUGCACUUGAGCUUAUUCUGGGCCCAAGCAACACAGGUGUGCACUCCAAACAGAUACUACUCUUGUUCUUAAUUAUUCAAAGCACGAUUUUUUUUCCCUUUUUUUUUUGCGGGGGGGGUCGCAAUCACAGGUUUUCACUUCAAACUUCGUAUUGGAGUAUUUAUUAUCUUUGAAACCUGAGUAUCUUUGAUUUCCCGCCAGAUCGUCUGGGGUGCGCAAAAGGAUGAUGAUAUUGAAGUUGCAUCCCCCCAAAAAAAAAAAAAGAAAGGAUGCAGAGGAUGUCAGGCUGCUGACAAACGCUGAGGAUGGAUCGGCUCCAGUCCUUUCUUUUCUUUUUCUGCUCUCACGAUCCUGACAAAAGCUAGAGGAUGAACGGCGGGGGGAUGAACGGCUGCAAUUUUCUUUUUUUUGGUUGUUCCUUGCAGCAGGGUCCUGACAAGAGCCUGGAUGGAACGGCUGCAGUGUUUUUUUUUUUUUGGUUAUGUUUAAUUUUCAGGCAGCCUUUGGAAGUUGGUUGGUGGGUACUGCUAAUAGCAUAAUCCUCCUUACGCUAGGACAUUCUUGGGUUGUAUCUGAUAGCGAUUACGUCCGUAGUUCAGUCGGAAACCCGGUGCGAGUACUCUGUACGCAUACUAUUCGUGACAAUUGUUAAUCAACGCCGGUUUUGAAGGCCAAGGGAGGGACACAGGCUCUUGGCUCUUGGUAAUCAAAAGCCAAUCAACGC